AUGUCCUCCUCAUCACCAAGUAUUAGCUUGGACAAAAGCGCUCCUGAUCAGCAACGAACUGCCCAGGAAAGAACCCCAGAGAGCGUUACUCGACCGAUUCCCGUCGAGCGCAAGUCCACCAACUCUCAACAUGCCCCCUCCCAGGAUCUCAAAGACCAUGAACCGCCUCCCUACUCUGCCUUCUCCAAGCCCACAAAGUACCUCAUCGUCGGCCUCGGCGCCAUAGCAGCCAUCUUCUCCCCCAUCUCCUCCAACAUAUUCGUUCCCGCCAUCCCCACACUCGCCGACCAAUUCCACCGGAGCGAGUCCGACAUCUCCCAAGCAAUCACCAUCUACCUCGUCUUCCAAGCCAUCACCCCUUCCAUAUUCGGAGCCAUGUCGGAUUCGUUUGGCAGACGGCCGCUGUAUCUUGCAACACUCGUGAUCUACUUGUGCGCCAAUAUCGGUUUGGCCCUGACACCGACCAGCACGUAUGCACUGCUUCUCGUCCUGCGAGCUCUGCAGCUGACAGGGGGCAGCGCUGUCAUUGCGAUAGGGUAUGGCUGUGUGGCUGAUGUGGCAGAGCCGAGGGAGAGGGGCACCUAUGCCGCGCUGUUUCAGUCGGGGGCGCUUCUUGGACCUGCUUUGGGACCACUGAUAGGCGGUAUAUUGACACAGACUUUGGGCUGGAGGAGUAUUUUUUGGUUCUUGGUCAUUGCCACGGGGGUCAUCCUCGUCCCUCUGACACUAAUCCUACCAGAGACGCUGCGAUCACUUGUGGGAAACGGAUCGAUACCACCUCCAAAGUUGAACAGCUCUCCCAUGGAGCUGUACCGCAAUAGCAAAGUGUCAAAGAAACAGGCAGCCGAUGGGAUUCAAGUUGAACAGGUCGAGAGACCACCUCGCAAGCCGGCAAUACCAACCACUCUCCUCCUUCAUGCUACUAUUCGUCCCCGAAAUCAUCUUGAUCUUCUUCUGGACGUCUUUGCUACUAUCUACGCACAAGAUAUCAGUCCGGGUAAAGGAGGUGCCGUCUCGGCCUCUUACAAUCUCGUACGCUGCGCUUUCGGCGCCAUAGGCACAGCCACCAUCCAAAAGAUGUACAAGACUCUCGGCGCCGGCUGGACAUUCGUCCUCCUCACAGGUCUCGUGGCGGUCUUUCUACCUUUUCCCAUUGCGGUCAUCCGAAAUGGGAAGGAAUGGAGGGAGGCAAGGCUUCAAAGAGAAGAGAGCAAGAAGCAGAGCGUGGAAAAUUGA